AAAUAAAAUAAAAAUUAAAAUAAAAUAAAAUAUAAAAUAAAAUAAAAUAAAAUAAAAUAAAAUAUAACACAGUGACUAUAAACAUUAACUCUGGAGCCAGGAUGCCCGGACAAAAACCCAGACUUCUCCGUUUACUAGCCUCACUGCCUUCUGUCUCACUUUCUUCAGUGCAGAAUGGGCAUCCUAACUGUACCUCUCUCACAUGUUUUUGGGAAAAGUAAAUGGAUUUAUAGGCAAGGACAUAUUUAUAAAUAGAUCCACAUUGCAUUCAGUUCAUCCUGCUUUAUUACACUGAUAUAUCAGGAUAUUACUUUAAAUUGCUCCUUUCGGGUUCAGGUACAAGGGGUACCAGGUUAGUGUUUGUGGGCAGAUCUCCGAUUUCCUCCUCUGAGUUUGAAGGUGCCUGAGACCUGUAAUCAGCACAUGCAAAACAUUGGGGGCGGGGCUCCAGGGCUCCUUGUGCGGCAAGCUCCCGCUCCCGCCCCUACAGUCUGCGCCAGGCUUCCCCCGGUGGGUCGGCGGAGGGAGCCUGUCGCGGGGGCUUGUUCUCUGGGGAUGUGAGCGAUCUGGCAAGCAGACACCCCCUCCUCUAGGAGGCAGUUGGGAAGGAAGCUUUAUUGAGCAACUAUCAUGUGCCAAGAACCAGAUUGAGCAGUUCCUGGGACAACCUCAUGAGACCAGAGGCUAGAUCGAUCGAACCAUAGACGUACAGAGAAGAAACAGCCUGGAAAGGCAUGAUUACUUCAUCAGCAAAUGUUUCACACGAGCCAAAAAGAAUGACGCCAUAUAUGACAAAACGGAAUCCGAAAUGUGUGUUAAUAAAGACCGCUUGUAUCUACUUUUGCGGUGGUUUUGACCAGAACCAGAAGUAAUCUGGCCUGCCUGUUGAGGAUGUGGGCCUAAUUCACACUUUUUGAAGUUGUCUGGAGAGCUUCAUUUCAGCAAAGAUUCCCUGGUGUUUGCUUUGGUCAUGGUUUUUUGGGGGGGCUGGGGGGGAGGAUACAUAGAGCCUCAUGAGUGGGUGGUAGGUGAUAGGACUACUUCCCUGUUUUCUGAGAUUCUAAGUCACUUAAUACAAAAUUCAAGAAAAACGAGAUUAUUUUAGUUCUAACAUUCAGGAAAACAGUGUUUUUGAUAUGUUUACCUCUCCGUGUUUCAGAAAGAUCUGUUCCUCUGGGUUUUUUUCUAAUGAGAUUCCAAAAGAGGGUGGCUGCGGAAGAGGUGGGUUCCAGUGUCGCAAGCCCUCAGAAGGGGGUGGGCUUUGGUGUAUAAAGACAUUGCUCUUGACAGCUCCGUUCUGAAGGACUCCAGACUCCCAGGAGAGGGAGGGGCAUUGUAACAGGGAUUCCCAGCAGGGAACAUCAGGAAGGAGCAGGAGUGGGAUCUGAAGGCCGGAAACUGGACUCAGUUCUAGAAAGAAAGAAACUCAGGACACAAAAGGAACAGCCAUGGAUUGUUUCAAAGCCUCACCAAGUCGUUCCUGGAUUUAUCCCACCGUGAUCCUGUGCUUAUUUGGAUUUUUCUCCAUGAUGAGACCCUCAGAACCCUUCGUUAUCCCAUAUUUAUCUGGACCAGAUAAAAACCUGACCAGCUCAGAGAUCACAAAUGAGAUCUUUCCGGUUUGGACAUACUCAUACCUGGCGCUGCUGCUGCCCGUGUUCGUCCUCACCGAUUACGUCCGCUACAAGCCCGUCAUCAUCCUGCAAGGGAUCGCCUUCGUCGUCACCUGGCUGCUGCUCCUGUUUGGCCAGGGAGUGAAGGCCAUGCAGGUGGUGGAAUUCUUCUACGGGAUGGUCACCGCCACCGAGGUGGCCUACUACGCCUACAUCUACAGCGUGGUCAGCCCCGAGCACUACCAGAAGGUGAGCGGCUACUGCAGAAGCGUCACGCUCGUGGCCUACACAGCGGCCUCGGUGCUGGCCCAGCUCCUGGUGUCCCUGGCCAGCCUGUCGUACUUUCACCUCAACGUCAUAUCCUUGGUCUCCGUCUCUGUGACCUUUCUUUUGUCGCUUCUCCUACCGAUGCCUAAGAAGAGCAUGUUUUUUCAUGCAAAAUCCAGCAAAGAAGUACAGAAGCCACCGAAUAAAAAUGUGGCGUUAGAUGGACCUUACAAAGUUAGCGCACCAGGCGGCGAAGAGAAACCCACUUCAGAAAUACCCACCAUUUCAGGGAACCUGGAUGGUGGUCCGGUGAGCAGCCCGAUGCCACGAAAUGUGGUGUGGAGUGUUUUUGUGCAGUGGUUCCAAGAUUUGAAGGAGUGCUACUCCUCGAAGCGUCUUUUUUACUGGUCCCUGUGGUGGGCCUUCUCCACAGCAGGUUUUAACCAGUUGAACUAUGUUCAAAUCCUGUGGGAUUACAAGGCACCGUCCCAGAGUUCUGCAGUCUAUAAUGGGGCAGUGGAAGCUAUUGCAACCUUUGGAGGGGCUGUGGCUGCCUUUGCAGUAGGCUAUGUGAAAGUCAACUGGGAUCUUCUGGGAGAGUUGGCUCUAGCCUUCUUCUCCAUCUUUAGUGCAGGCUCUCUGUUUCUCAUGCAUUACACGACCGACAUCUGGGCAUGCUAUGCUGGUUAUUUGAUAUUCAAGUCCAGCUAUAUGCUUCUUAUAACCAUAGCAGUAUUUCAGAUUGCAGUUAAUCUGAGUGUGGAACGCUAUGCCCUGGUGUUUGGAAUGAACACCUUCGUGGCCCUGGUGAUUCAGACAAUUAUGACAGUGAUCGUAGUAGAUCAGAAAGGACUCAACCUGCCAAUCAGCAUACAGUUUUUAGUUUAUGGGAGUUAUUUUGUGGUUAUUGCUGCCAUUUUUCUAAUGAGAAGUAUGUACAUCAUCUACUUAACCAAAUGCCAAAAGCAAGCACAGAGCUCUGCUGCAAGUCAGACUCCAGAUGAGCCCCGCCCAGAGGGACUAAAGAAUGUCAUCACAGGAACAAAGCUUUAACCUUACGGCAGCUACUGCAUUCACUGAGCAAGGAGCCUAUUGGUCACAAAGUCACCGAGUCCCAUAAACUGACACACUUCCUAAGUCUGGAUUUCAAUGAACCUUUACAAAACCACAACAGAAUCUCAGAUCAGACACUACAUGCCCAGCUGGAUGCAGUUGACAAGGCCAGUCAUCUCAGUCAAAUAGCCCCCGUAGAGGAUUGGGAAAUUCUGGUUUUGAUUACUCACUAGGACAUAAAAUGGCAUGGAAACAAACCAUGAGAAAACUCCAGUCAUCCUGCAGUUGAUGUUCCCUAUUCAUAAGCAGAAAUACUAACUCAACUGACCUCUCUGCUUAGUUUAGAUAUUUGUUUUAUCUUACCAAAACAGGCAAGAGAUGGGACAUUUUUUGUCAGUAGCCAUUUUCCUCCUUCUUCCAUUAAGUGUAUAUCUAUGUGACUUGCAGUUGCCUGCGAGAAUUUCAAGGUCUGGUCCCAUCUCUAAGGACCCCUCUUCAAUCCUGACAACAUGCUAUUAUUCACAAGCCAUUAUUUGAUAAUAUCACCAUUUAACUUUGUCAUGAUUACUUUUUACUUUGUGUUCUGCUGAGCUUUGUUGUUGAAACUCUACCUCAGGAAGAGCCCCAGACAUUCCUGUGUGUCCAUGGAAGUCAAUCCCCGGUGGCUCUAGGGGAGGCAAUGAGCUUUCUCCUUACCAUGACCCCAGACAGGUGUUUUAAUGCUAUGUCAGUGUGAUCUCUGUCUAAAACAGAAAAACUUAAGUAAAAAUUUCCAGGAGUUUCUAAAAGUAUUUGUAAGAAAACACUGAUGGGGUGGGGGAACACCUAAUUUUUAAAAGGCCGACUUUGUGCUACAUAAAAUAAUGUGUGCAAAAAUAUUAAAGAGCCUUUCUAAAUUUUUGAUGACUUGUGCUGAGAAUCAUCUGUGCUUGCGUCCUUUGAAACUGCAAUAGAGGACACAUGGAGCAAUGGAAAUAAAGAAUGCUGAUUCAAGAUUUGUGUUUCAAAUAUACUUUUCUCUUCUCCAGAUUCUAAAAUUCGAUCACUGGACUGAAAAUAAGAUUCAGCCCCAAAGCCAACACUUACUUAGUAGGGAAAACUAAUGA